AUGAAUAAGCUUUACAGUUUGUUUCUUUUCCUUUUUAUUCAACUUAGUAUUAAAUAUUAUAAUGCAAAAGUUACCGUGGACACUGUAUGUAAAAGAGGAUUUUUAAUUCAGAUGAGUGGACAUUUGGAAUGUAAAUGUGAGAAUGAUUUGGUUUUAUUAAAUGAAGAAACAUGUGAAGAAAAAGUUCUUAAAUGUGACGAAAAGACUGUAAAUAAACCAUGUGGAGAUUUUUCCAAAUGUAUUAAAAUAGAUGGAAAUCCAAUUUCAUACGCUUGUAAAUGUAAUCUUGGAUAUGAUAUGGUAAAUAAUGUUUGUAUACCAAAUGAAUGUAAAAAUGUAACUUGUGGUAACGGUAAAUGUAUAUUAGAUACAAGCAAUCCUGUUAAAACUGGAAUAUGCUCAUGUGAUAUAGGCAAAGUUCCCAAUGUAGACGAUAAAAAUAAAUGCUCAAAAGAUGGAGAAACCACAUGCACAUUAAAAUGCUUAAAAGAAAAUGAAACAUGUAAAGCUGUUAAUGGAAUUUAUAAAUGUGAUUGUCAAGAUGGAUUUAUAAUGGAUAAUGAAAGUUCUGUAUGUACUGCUUUUUCAGUAUAUAAUAUUUUAAAUUUAAGCAUUAUUUUCAUACUAUUUUCAGUAUGCUCUUUUAUAAUAUAA